AUGGGUGGACGAGAUUUUUCGUUACAUGGUACCAAAGAUGAUGAAGAAGAAGAAGAUGAGAUGAUGAUGAUGAUAAAAGCUAAAUUAAUGCACGAAAGUGACACAAUUUUAUUAUCGGAGAAAUUACAAUUGGCAGGACGAAAACUGACGACAAAUGGGGUUGUUGAUUCGGUCGUGGAGGUGUUGCGUCGAGUGCGCGGACCUUUUGCAGUAAUUUGGCUACAUGUCGACACCCAACGAGUGUAUUUUGCUCACGAUAGAUUUGGACGUAGAAGUCUGCUCUAUAGGAGGUGGGGAACUAGUCGUUGUGGUGAUAUGAUUGCAGAACUGGCAGGAGUAGAGACUUCUUCGAAGGAGUUUUUUUCGAGUGAUGUGACUCACUUUGUGCUGAGCAAUGUGGCGAUUGGAGAAGAUGAUCAAGAUUUGAUGCAGUAUCAAGAACUACCGGCGUCCGGUAUCUAUGUGAUGGAUUUGCGAGCGACAAAAGAUACUUCGUUGUCGUAUAGAAUGGAAUUUCAUCCGUAUGCGCCGAUAGUGCCUAAAUUGCCACUAACAAUUCCAAAACCUGAAGCUCCAAGUUACAUUUUGGAUCGGUUUGGGUGUAAAUUUUCUUGUCCAACGACGACGGGGAAGGUCGAUCUGGUUACCAAGAUGUUGGAAUCUUCUGGGCGGGCAUUACUGAUAGCGCUUAGCGAUGCUGUUGGUGUGCGAGUGCGAUCUAUUCCGUCGCGCCCUUCAUUAGAAGAGCUCGGUCCUACUGCUCGGGUCGCUGUAUUUUUUUCGGGAGGUCUGGACUCAGUCGUCAUUGCAGCUCUAGCGCAUUUUCAUGCUCCUGCGACUGAACCUGUUGAUCUGUUGACGGUCUGUUUUGAUGAGGUCUCGAACUUUGCAUCGCCUGACCGUCGUGCCGCUGAGUUAGCUCAUGCUGAGCUCUGCACAUUAUUUCCAGAGCGUCAGUGGAAUUUCAUAAAGGUGAAUGUAUCUCUAGUCGAGCUGGUAAAACAGCAACGCAAAGUCCAAGCGCUCAUGGCUCCUUGCGAUACACACAUGGAUUUCAAUAUCGGUACUGCCUUCUGGUUUCUAUCGCGCGGACGCGGAGUGCUGACAAAAUCGACUGAAGCAGCAGAAAUUGCGACGUUGGAUGAGCUGAAUGCGUUUCUCAAGCCUCACCAAGCUGAUCUGCCUGGGCUAGAGGCAAAAGAUGCAGCGUUAACGCUUUUUGACGACAAGUAUGUGAAUGGUGGUGCACUAUUAUGUCCUGUGGUUCGAUGUGGUCGGAAACGGAAGCAUGGCUGUGUUCUGCGAGUUUGCAAAAGUUGCUGUGUGAAAAUACAGCGAGCAGUGAAUAAGCUUGUCCCACUCGAGAGCCAACACGUUAACCAACGUGAACUCCAAAGUUGUCGUGCCAAACUGCUUUCCAUGGGUGUAUCUGAAGCUAAGCUUGAUCUUUUGUUGGGUCUUGCAAAAACGCGAGAUGAAGCAUCGAAGAAACUACUAGAACAGCAAUUUGUCAGCUGUUUUGUGCACAGGUCCAAGCAAACGGAAUUACCCACACUAUCCAACCCAACUUCGGCAUCAACACGAACUAGUUGUUCAUUCUCAACGUUGUCUCAUUAUCAGACAAAUGCGCAGGUAGUGCUUGUGGGCAUUGGAGCUGACGAGCAGCUGGCAGGGUACGGCCGUCACCGCACAACACUGAUCAAUGGAGGGGAACAAGCCUUGCGAGCUGAGUUAAAUACGGAUUUGAGUCGGAUCUGGAAACGCAACCUUGGGCGUGAUGACCGCUGCAUUGCAGCUCACGGUCGGGAGGCGCGUUUUCCGUAUCUUGACGAGACUGUGGUGUCUACAAUUGCAACUUUUCCCAUUUCUAGUCUUUGCGACGCUGAUCUCCCUCGUGGUGUCGGUGAUAAACGAGUGUUACGACUAGUGGCCGCCACUCUCGGACUCUCAAAUUGUGCUGGUCUACCGAAACGGGCUAUCCAAUUCGGAUCACGGAUAGCCAAAGUCUCCAACACUGGUAGCAAUCGUCAAACACAAGGAAAAAACAAAUUUUCAAGCGUGAUGUAG